AUGAUUAUUAUUUCAGUGAAACGACAGAUAUUACAAUAUCAGAAUUGUUGUUUAGGAUUAUUUCCCUCGAUUGGUUCAGCAGACAAUACCAACCGUACAUCACAUGUUAGAGAUAGUAUAUAUUGUUCUGUAGCAGCAUGGGCACUGUCACAAGCUUACAGGAGAAUAGAUGAUGAUAAUGGUCGAGCUCAUGAACUAGGUCAGAUAGCUGUCAAAUGUAUGAGAGGAAUUUUGUUCUGUUGGAUAAGACAGGCAGAUAAGGCAGAAAAAUUCAAGCGACAUCAACUGCCUCAGUAUGCCUUACAUUCAACAUUUGAUAUGAUAACUGGGGAUCCUGUUUAUACUGAUGAAGAAUAUGGACAUUUACAGAUUGACUGUGUUGCUUUAUAUUUGAUAUUCUUAAAUCAGAUGAUAUCUUCAGGGUUAAAGAUUAUUUUCACAACAGAUGAAGUUCAUUUUGUACAGAAUUUAGUAUUUUAUGUAGAAAGAGCCUAUCGUACCCCAGAUUAUGGUAUGUGGGAACGUGGAAGUAAAUAUAAUAAUGGUUCUACUGAAUUACAUGCUAGUUCUAUUGGUAUGGCAAAGGCGGCGUUAGAAGCUGUUAAUGGUUGUAAUUUAUUUGGUGAAAUAGGAGCUGCUUGGUCUGUUAUAUAUGUAGAUAUUGAUGCUCAUAAUAGAAACAGAACUAUCUUUGAAUCUAUUCUACCUAGAGAAUCCAAUUCGAAGAAUACUGAUGCUUCCUUGUUACCUACAGUUUGUUGGCCAGCUUUUGCCAUCCAUGAAGAACCUAUUAAAUUGAGAGCCUUAGAUAAAGUUAAACGUAAAUUAGAAGGGAAAUAUGGUGUAAAGAGGUUUUUACGAGAUGGUUUUAAAACAGAAUUAGAAGAUAAAAACAGAAAGUAUUACCGCCCAGCUGAAAUUAAGAAUUUUGAUGGUAUUGAAUGUGAAUGGCCUAUGUUUUACCUCUACUUUAUUAUUGACAAUAUAUUCCAUGGUAAAAAGAAGGAAGCUGAAGAGUAUAUGAAAAAAUUAAAACCAUUAUUAUUACACAGUAGAGAGGGUGUACUGAUACCUAAUUAUUACUAUGUACCAGCAGAUAAGAUAGAAUUAGAAAAGAAAAAUCCUGGAAGUCAAGAAAGACUUCCCAGUCCUGAAGGCUCCUCAGCCGGUGUCUUUAUGUGGGGUCAAUCAGUCUAUCUUAUUAGUCAAAUGUUAAUAAAAGGUAUAGUUAAUGUUAAUGAACUGGAUCCUAUAAGAAGAUAUUUACCUGCUAUAGAAAGACCUAGAUUUAGUACCAGAUACUCCAAAUUUCAGGGUACUCCACCUGAUUUGGUGAUCCAGAUAGUAUUGAUAGCUGAUACAUCCAGAUUACAACAGUUACUAGCUACAUACGGUAUACAAACACAGACUCCACAUCAAAUAGAACCUUUACAAAUCUGGUCUCCUAAACAACUUACUAAAGCUUAUGAAUUCCUCGGAGUGAACCAUAAACUAGAGCUAACUGGUAGACCAAGCCGUCCUUUUGGUGUUCUCAGUACAUCCAAGAUAUAUCGAGUUUGUAGUAAAACAGUAUUAUGUUAUCCUCUGUUGUUUGAAUUAAGUGAUUUUUAUUUAGCACAAGAUAUUUCUCUAGUCAUGGAUGAUUGUAGGAAUGAUUUACAGUUUUUAUCGAAGGGUUGGAAGUUGUCAGGUAGACCUACAUGGUGUAUGUUGAUUAGAGAAGACACUAUCAGGGGACAUAAUUUUGGAGAAUUUUUAGAUUUAUUAGCUCAGUUUAAGAAGGGAAAUGUUGGAGGUGUUAGAGUACAAAUUGGUCGUCUUCAGUCAUUUAUUUCCUCAGCCUGUAUAGAACAUCUUGACUUUCUACACCAUUUAGAAGAUCCCAAUAUAUUUGAUCCUCUGAAUGAGAAAAAGACAGGAUCUAAUUUUAAAAGUUUAACAGAUUUACCAACAUUGUCUGAUAUAGAUUAUGGUAGAGGAUUAAUUGAAGCAGAAUUAAAGAAUAAAUCAACGUAUGAUUUAGUAUCAAUUUAUAAGUCAUUAGAUGACAUGCAACCACAAAGUCAGAUAUUAAAAGUACUGAAUGACCGUGAAGGUCCUGACUAUCGUAUAGAAUCAUAUACUAUUAGUGAAAGACUGGAGAAACUUAUACAUCGUGCUGGUACACAUAAACAUUGGUCGGUACUCAGACUAUGUUCAGCUUUAUUAGGUAAACUAGUAGAUAGUUUGGCACCUUCUGUAACAACUGUGUUAGUCCGGGGUAAACAAAUAACUGUUGGAGUAUUUGGACAUGAAGAAGAAGUAUUAGAUAAACCAGUCAGUCCUAAUGAAAUCAAGAAUAUACUGUAUAGAAUAUGUCAACCUCAUGAUUUAAGACAAGCUGUUUUACAACAAGAACUGAUUUUAUGUAUUGGUAAAUUGAUAGCUACUGUUCCUGAGUUAUUUGAUGGAAUUUUAAAGAUUAGAAUUGGUUGGUUUGUAAAAGCUAUGGAAGUAGAAAUGGAGACUAGUGGAAACUAUACUGAUAUUAAUAAUGAUAUACAUUGUUUAUCUCCUCAUUCUAUUAAAAUACUACUACAUACUGUAUUAACUAUUAAUGUUGAUGAUGCCGAUUAUAGGACACCCUUACAAAAACGUCAACUAGAUGGAGCUUUAAAUCGUGUACCUAAAGAUUUCUAUGAUCGUGUCUGGCAGAUUCUAGAGAGAACUCCAGGUGGCAUCAAAGUAGCUGGCUAUUUACUACCAAAACAACCUACUCUAUCUGAUAUGACUAUGUAUGAGUUAAAUUUUUCUCUGUUAGUUGAACAGAUGUUAAGUAAAAUCAUUGAUCCUUCAUACAGACAGAUAAUGGUAGAGGCUUUUAUGGUGUUAUCAACUGUAUUGGAGAGAAAUAGUGAAUUAAACUUUCUACAAAGUGUUAAUAUGGAUAAGAUUAUCCAGGAGGCCUUUGAUGAAUUUCAGAAAGAUUUGAAUAAAACCGAAGGUCAUGAGAAACAAGAUGAUAUGAAGUUAUUCUUCAAUACGCCUCCUAAUAUUAAACAUGGUACUACUAGCUAUCUUGGUAAGGUGAUCAUCAGAGUUUUACUGGAUGGAGAGCUGACUGUACCAAGUGAAGAGAUGUGUAGUGUGUCUUAAACUAUGAUAGUUACAGAUUACUAACUUACUCAUCAACAAAAUAGCUGGCUGUGGAAUAGUUAAUAGUGCUUUAAAAGUCUACUCAGUUCAUGGCAUAAUUAAAUCAGAAUAUAUCACAAUCUAUUGAUUAUAAAUAUUUCAUAUUAAAUGCUAUGUUCAAUAUUGCAGUAAGCAAAUCUGAGAAGGAAACUGAUAUUAU